AGACUCUGCAAAAGCCCAAAGAAAUAUUUUUAAGUGCUCGGUCGAAAGUGGUUUGCAUGUAAUGAUUGCAGCUACGAAAAACGACAUACGCAUAGGUGCUUGGCCAGGUCUGGGAGGGCUUACGAGGAUACACACGGUGCUGACAGCCUCAGGUGACUUGUCCCUUUACCUUUCCAUUAGAAACCAUGACUUAAAGGAGGGGGAGAGGUGGCCGCAGGGUCACCUCCGUGUGUCACGAGGCUCCCGCGCUGCCUGGACCGGGGCGCCUGACUCUGCAGCCUGCCCGAAGCGUGAAGAAGGGAGGCUAAUGUGUUUUAAAACCACUCAGCCCAAAUGAAAUUAUAUAACCCAGGAAGGGACAAAUCACUUCGCUGAUGAGAAUUAAAAAAAAAAUAGAAGAAAGGAAGAAAGAAAAAGAAUCUCUCCUGAUGAAGCCUGGCGAGGGAGGCGGGCGGGGAGGGGUGGGUGGGCGUCGGGUCGGCUGCUUCCUCCCGGGACUAUAAAGGGUGAGCCGCUCCCACCUGGGUCACGGCUCCGGCACCACAGCGCUGGCCAGCCUUGGCGGGAACCUCGGAUGCGCCUGCCCCCGCGGGAUCCCACCUCCAGCAGACCUCGGUGAGAAGCUAGGGGAUGAAGGCGCUGCGGGCCUGGCUGCUGUGCCUGCUGCUGCUGGGCCUGGCCCUGCGGGGGGCGGCCAGCCGCGCCCACCAGCACUCCAUGGAGAUCCGCACCCCUGACAUCAACCCGGCCUGGUACACGGGCCGCAGAAUCCGGCCCGUGGGCCGCUUCGGCCGGAGGAGAGCAGCCCUGAGGGAUGUCCCGAAGCCUGGCUUCUGGCACCUGCCAGCCUGCUUCCCCCUGGAGGGAGGUGCUGAGCCCGCCCAGGGUGACUGACCGCCCAGCUCAUCCGGGAGUAACUCCGGGGUCUGUCCCGCAGCCCCCCUGACCCUCCUCCAAGGGCUACUGUCCCUUCAACCCUAAUAAAAGCUG